AUGCCGCGCGAAGCGGGCGAUGGCAUGCGGGCGACGGAAAUCACUUUCCUUCAGGAGCAGAACAAGCUCGUCUUAGAGACUCUGGAACGGGUCGAGCAAGAGCGUGAACAAGCUCAAGAUCAGAUCCGGGCUUGCGAGGAGCGCGAUGCUCUGCUGCAGAGCGAGCUCCAGGCCAUCAACGACAAGAUCGGCUCCUUGGCCCAGCGCCUUCGCCAGGACAAGUCCGAGACAGCCUCCAAGGAUGAGCAUGUCCGGGUACUCUCAGAGCAGAACAAGCAGAUGCUUUCCAUGCUCGAGACGGAGGAGCAGAAGUCCAAGGCCACCGCAGAGUCAAUCAAGCAGCUCGAGAGCAAGAACCGGAAGCUGCAGAAGAUUGCGGAGGAGUUUGAUACUGCGAAGGCUGACCUCGAACGGCAGGCAAGGAGUGUGACGCUUUGA